AUGAAAAAGGGAGUUGGUGAGGUGUUAGUGGUGUUGGUGGUAGCCUGGCAAUUGAGUUUUGCUAAGGUUCUAGUUCCUGCUACACCCAAAGAGCCUGAGACUGAAGAUAAGUUUAAAUCUGCGUUGAAAGUCAUAUGGCAAGCUUUGCCUUCUGAAGAGAGUAGACAUGUGUUGGGUGGAAAUGAAACUCUUGGGAAGAAUUGGCUGUUGAACUCGAGUCAUUGCUAUGAUAGAAUGCUGUUGGCGUGGAAUGUAAAGAAUGUGCCUUUACAUGACGGCGUGCCUCCUCCUUUCUUGUAUGGAAAAGGGAUUUAUAACCAUUGGAUCAUCAAUGAGGCUGUGUUGUCUCAGUUUAGGUUUGUGUUUGAUGCGAGUAGGACGAUUACGGGUUUCUAUUUGAAUGAUAUUGGAAACUGGUCUGAUCAGUCAGUGAAGGGGUCCGGUUUUGCGGAUAUCAGAAAGAGAAGCUGGGGAAAUGUUGGCAAUUCCCAUCUUGGUGCAGCGUAUGGAUCGUCACUUUUCCGCGAAAUCAAUUAUUCUAGCCUAGUAAAACGUGUGAACUGUGAUGGCCGAUAUCUUUUUGUUGACACAAAAGAAGAUAUAUUAAUGAAUAAGAGAUCUAGCCUAUUGAAUAGAAGGGUCUUGUAUUCUAGGACUAAGAUGAAAACUAUAGCUUGUGUUCACAAGACUAAAUCACAAGAUGAGACUUCGAAUUGCUCCCUGAAAGAUUAGUUAAAGCACUUGGCACUACUCCAGUUUCCAUUUUCCUUAGACUCGCUGCUUCCAAUAUCUGCAGAUGAGAAUAAUACAGUGGUGCUUGCUGUUGCUGGGUAUAGCUAUGAAGAUAUGUUGAUGAGUUGGGUUUGUAGACUGAGACGCUUCCGGGUCAUGAACUUCUUAAUUUGUGCUCUUGAUCAUGAAACAUAUGAGUUCUCGGUCUUACAGGGCUUGCCGGUUUUCCAAGAUCCAUGCCCUCGUGAUAUUCGCUUUGAUGAUUGUCAUUUUGGAACUGAAUGCUUUCAAAGGGUGACAAAAGUGAAGUCCAGAUUGGUUCUGAAGAUAUUAAAGCUGGGGUACAAUGUGCUUCUGAGCGAUGUAGAUGUGUAUUGCUUUGCAAACCCAUUGCCAAUGCUAUCUCUUUUUGGUCCUGCUGUUCUGGUUGCACAGUCUGAUGAAUACAAAAAAACAGGACCUGUGAACUUGCCUAGGCGUCUGAACUCUGGAUUUUACUUCGCUAGAUCUGAUAGCUCUACGGUUUCUGCUAUGGACAAUGGACAUACCGGAGGGGGUGAAGAUAAAAGUGAAGGCCAAAAUGGUAGAGGUGGAGGGACCGCGUGGGAAGCUGAUAAGAAAUUUUAA